GAGGCUGCGGCUGCCGUGACCUCGUUGACGCGCUUGCAGAUCGUUCACCGCGACCUGAAGCCCUCCAACGUGCUCGUCAACGAGGCUGGGCAGGUGGUCAAGCUGAUCGACUUCGGGCUGGCGCACGCCGGAGAUCACUCGAAGAUCGACAAGAAGAACAUCGUCGCUGCGACAGGGACGCCCGUAUACCUGCCGCCUGAAGUUCUGCGAGAAGAGCGAGUGACGCACAAGCUUGACGUCUACUCGUUCGCCAUCAUCCUCUGGGAGAUGCUCUCCCGCGAGCUGCCAUACAACGGGCUGACCUUCCAGGAGAUGGUGAGACGCUGA